CAGAUUACAAAAGCAGUUAAAGCCCUCCUUGCAUAUAAAAAAACUAAGGAGAAUGGCAGCAAAUUACUCCUAAAUGAAUAUGAUUGGAUUUCCUUAAUGGUGACUGUUUGGAGAAUUCCGAAGCACCUACAGACCAUCAGAAUCCCUCUCCCUCAUGGUGUAAGGCCUGAUGCAUGUGAAGUUUGCCUUUUUACUAAAGAUGAGCCAAAUAUGACAAGUGAACAGACAGAAACUUUCUACAAAAAAUUACUUGCUCAGCAUGGCAUUACACAGAUAACCAAGGUAAAUAAGGGGCUAAGCUUUGUUAGUAGAUUUGAA